GGGCUGAAGGGGAGAAAUCGGAGAGCAAAAGCCCACGCCCUGGUCUUCCUCUUGCCUCGGCCCUGAACACCAUCCCUCCAGGUCCAGGCGGCGCCCCUAGAGCCCCGCCGCCCCCGACCCCUACUGGCGGCGUGGACCACGGAGACGGAAGCCUUGUCCCCGGAAAAGCCGGUUUAGCCGGACACGGUUCCUUAAAUGGCGUAGACGACCCUGGAGAGCCCCGCCCCAGCCGGCAGGGAAGGACACCAUUGGUUCUUCCCUAGGCCUCGUUCUCCUAUUGGUCAGUGUGCGAAUACCGACGUGCUCACUUGCCCCAAAGUUUCUUUCGGUUUCCGGUGUCCUCGCCAUGGCUACCCCGGACUCCCUGUCGCUGUUCACGGGUCUAGGCUUGAGCGAGCACAAGGCCCGCGAGACGCUCAAGAACUCUGCCCUGAGCGCGCAGCUGCGCGAGGCAGCGACACAGGCACAGCAGACUCUGGGCUCCAUUGACAAGGCUACCGGGACCCUGCUGUAUGGCUUGGCCUCCCGACUCAGGGACACGCGGCGUCUCUCUUUCCUCGUGAGCUAUGUGGCCAGUAAGAAGAUCCACACGGAGCCCCAGCUGAGCGCCGCCCUGGACUAUGUGCGCAGUCACCCCCUGGACCCCAUCGACGUGGUGGACUUUGAGCAGCAGUGUGGUGUGGGUGUCGUGGUGACCCCAGAGCAGAUCGAGGAGGCGGUGGAGAUCGCCAUAAAUAGGCAUUUGCCCCAGCUCUCCGCAGAGCGCUACCAUUUCAACAUGGGGCUGCUGAUGGGUGAGGCCCGGGCUGCGCUCAGGUGGGCGGACGGCAAGAUGAUCAAGCACGAAGUGGACAUGCAGGUCCUCCACCUUCUGGGUCCCAAGAUAGAGGCUGAUCUGGAGAAGAAGCCCAAGGCGGCGAAGGCUCGGCUGGAAGAAUCAGACCGGAGGACGGCCAGGGACGUGGUGGAGAACGGUGAGGUUACUGAACAGACCCUGUCUCUGAUGGAGCAGCUGCGGGGAGAGGCUCUUAAAUUCCACAAGCCUGGUGAGAACUACAAGACUCCAGGCUACGUGACCACUCCACACACCAUGGCGCUGCUGCAGCAGCACCUGCAGAUCACUGGGGGGCAGGUCCGGACCCGCUUCCCACCAGAACCCAACGGAAUCCUGCACAUCGGACAUGCCAAAGCCAUCAAUUUCAACUUUGGCUAUGCCAAGGCCAACAGUGGGAUCUGUUUCCUGCGCUUCGAUGACACCAACCCCGAGAAGGAGGAAGCCAAGUUCUUCACUGCCAUCUACGACAUGGUGGCCUGGCUGGGUUACACACCUUACAAGGUGACCUACGCCUCUGAUUAUUUCGACCAGCUGUACGCCUGGGCUGUGGAGCUCAUCCGUAGGGGCCAGGCCUACGUGUGCCACCAGCGAGGAGACGAGCUCAAAGGGCAUAACGCGCUGCCCUCUCCCUGGAGGGACCGUCCCGUGGAGGAGUCGCUGCUGCUCUUUGAGGCGAUGCGCAAGGGCAAGUUUUCUGAGGGAGAAGCCACGCUGCGCAUGAAACUGGUGAUGGAGGAUGGCAAGAUGGAUCCCGUGGCCUAUCGAGUCAAGUAUACGCCACACCACCGCACGGGGGACAGAUGGUGCAUCUACCCCACCUACGACUACACACACUGCCUCUGUGACUCCAUCGAGCACAUCACUCACUCACUCUGCACCAAGGAAUUCCAAGCCCGACGGUCUUCCUACUUCUGGUUGUGCAACGCGUUGGACGUCUACUGCCCUGUGCAGUGGGAGUACGGGCGCCUGAACCUCCACUACGCCGUCGUCUCCAAGAGGAAGAUCCUCCAGCUUGUGGCAGCCGGUGCCGUGCGGGACUGGGAUGACCCGCGGCUCUUCACGCUCACGGCCCUGCGGCGGCGGGGCUUUCCACCCGAGGCCAUCAACAACUUCUGUGCCCGGGUGGGGGUGACAGUGGCGCAGACCACGAUGGAGCCACAUCUUCUAGAAGCUUGUGUGCGUGAAGUGCUGAAUGACACAGCCCCACGGGCCAUGGCCGUGCUGGAGUCACUACGGGUUGUCAUCACCAAUUUUCCUGCUGCCGAGUCCUUGGAUAUCCGGGUGCCCAACUUCCCAGCUGAUGAGGCCAAGGGCUUCCACCAGGUCCCCUUUGCCUCUGUCGUCUUCAUUGAGAGGACCGACUUCAAGGAGGAACCGGAGCCAGGCUAUAAGCGCCUGGCUUGGGGCCAGCCUGUGGGCCUGAGGCAUACGGGCUACGUCAUCGAGCUGCAGCGUGUGGUCAAGGGCCCCAGUGGCUGUGUGGAGAGCCUGGAGGUGACCUGCAGACGGGCGGAUGCUGGCGAGAAGCCCAAGGCCUUUAUUCACUGGGUGUCACGGCCUCUGAAGUGCGAGAUUCGCCUCUACGAGCGACUAUUUCUGCACAAGAACCCCGAAGAUCCUGCUGAGGUGCCUGGUGGCUUCUUAAGUGACCUGAACCCUGCAUCCCUGCAAGUGGUGGAGGGGGCGUUAGUGGACUGCUCCGUGGCCCUGGCAAAGCCCUUCGACAAGUUCCAGUUUGAGCGCCUUGGGUAUUUCUCCGUCGAUCCAGACAGCCGCCAGGGACAGCUUGUCUUCAACCGAACCGUCACACUCAAGGAGGACCCUGGAAAGGUGUGAGCUGGAUGCACUGCGGACCUACCUCAUCCUCACCUUCACCACCUCCAACUCGAUAUCAAUAAAGAAUGGCUAAAUCCCCCUGGA